CAGUGCUGAAUUUAGUCUGCAUAGGAGAGAGAGAGAGGAGAGAGAGAGAGAGAGUAAAACCGAAACAUAACAUAGGAAAUGGCGAAGAAAAAAGAGACAAGGGGAAGAAGGAGAAGGAGAAGAAGCUCUGUUCUUGCAAUUGCAAACUUUCUCAGUCUUUCUCUCUCACUAACUUUUUCUCUCUAGAUCUGUAAAUACAACAUACCCCUAUAAGUGAAACCCCUCCAUCUUGACCCACCAUUAAUUACAAGUGUAUAUACAUAUAUUCAAGAACGGAACUGCUGCUGUUGCUGUUGGUGGGCUCGCUCGUUUUUUUUUCUUUUUACUUUUUUGAAAUGGUAGAUUUCAGAAAUGAGGGAUUCACAGAUUGGAUUGACUAGAGCUCGGAAUUAAUCAAGCUGGAUCGUUUCCCUUGAUAAUAGAAGAGAAGCUGUAAUCAUGAAUGUUAAUCUUUCGAAUGUUGAAAAUAGAGAUGCUUUUGCCAGCUUGCUUGAACUUGCUGCCAACAAUGAUCUAGAAGGCUUUCAAAAGUAUGUUGAUCGGGAACCGUUGAGCGUGGAUGUGAUUGGACUGUGGUAUGGACGACAAAAGGGCUCAAAUCAAAUGGUUCUACAGCAUAGGACUCCCUUGAUGGUGGCUGCCACUUAUGGCAGCAUUGAUGUUCUGAAACAUAUUAUUUCUUUACCUGAAGUUGACGUGAAUCGGUCCUGUGGUUCUGAUGGAAACACUGCACUUCACUGUGCUGCAUCAGGGGGAUCACUAAAUGCUGUAGAUGUUGUGAAACUGCUUUUGGCUGCAGGUGCGGAUCCGAAUCUUACUGAUGUCAAUGGUUGUCGCCCUGUAGAUGUUAUCAUUGUGUCACCGAAGUUUCAAGGGAUGAAAUAUUCCCUCGAAAUGAUGCUCAAAAUGGACGCUUCGUUUCAGGAAGAGCAAAACUCGGGAGUAUCUAUUGGCACUUCAAAUGCAAACUCCCCUCCACUUUCUCCGUCUCCUAGAAAUGGAUCUCCGGGUUCCCCUUCAGAGUCUGGACCUUCUCCAAACCUUACCAGAUUAAGUGAUGUUCCUGUUUCACCUGCACCAGAGAAGAAAGAGUACCCUAUUGACCCAUCUUUGCCUGACAUCAAGAACAGCAUCUACUCUACAGAUGAGUUCAGAAUGUUUUCGUUUAAGGUCCGACCCUGCUCUCGUGCCUAUUCGCACGAUUGGACUGAGUGUCCAUUUGUUCACCCGGGUGAAAAUGCUCGAAGAAGGGAUCCGAGGAAGUACCAUUACAGCUGUGUACCAUGUCCAGAUUUCCGCAAAGGAGCUUGUCGAAGAGGGGAUCUGUGUGAGUAUGCUCAUGGGGUUUUCGAGUGCUGGCUCCACCCUGCUCAAUAUAGGACCCGACUGUGCAAAGACGGUACAAGUUGUAAUAGAAGAGUUUGUUUCUUUGCUCACGCACAAGAAGAACUCCGACCCCUCUAUGUCUCUACCGGUUCCGCUGUUCCCUCACCUCGCUCAAGCACCUCUGCUGUUAAUGCCAUGGACUUUGCUGCAGCCAUGAACCCUUUACCUGGCUCACCUUCUACAGUCCCUAUGAUGUCUCCAUCUCCUUUCACUCCACCCAUCUCUCCAUCUAACAACAGCAUUUCUAACAUGGGUUGGCCACCUCAGCAAAAUGUUCCACCAUUGCAUCUACCAGGAAGCAACCUCCAGUCGAGUCGCUUGCGUUCGUCUCUGAAUGCAAGGGAUAUCCCUCCCGAUGACUUGAGUUUAUUUGCAGAAAUUGAUGUGCAGCAGCAGCAGCUUUUGAAUGAGCUGUCAUAUCCAAGUAUUAGUACCAAUAUGUUGAGUCGUUCUGCUCGUCCGAAAACCCUAACUCCCUCAAAUCUGGAGGAUAUCUUUUGUGCAGAGAGCUCUUCUCCUAGAUAUUCUGAUCAAGCAUUGUCGUCAGCUGUUUUCUCACCCCAGCACAAGUCAGCGGUCCUUAAUCAAUUCCAGCAACAGCAACAAACCAUGCUAUCUCCAAUCAAAACCACUUUUUCACCUAGAAACGUUGAUCACUCUCUGAUGCAGGGCCCUUUUGGGCUUCCAUCACCUGGGAGAAUGUCACCUCGUGGCCUGGAGCCGAUCUCGCCAAUGAGUGCUAGGAUGUCGAUGAUAGGCCAACGUGAAAAGCAGCACCAGCAGUGUCAGAGUCUCAGCUCCCGUGGUCUUGGAUCUACUGCUGCAUCUGCUGUUGCCUCGUUGGAAGAGACUUGGUCGAAGUGGGAAAACCCUAAUGAGACGCCAGACUGGGCCAUCAAUACCGACGAUUUUGGUAAGCUGAAGAGAGCUUCAUCCUUUGACCUUCUCAACAAUGUGGAGGAGCCGGACUUAUCAUGGGUUCAGUCUCUCUUCAAAGAAUCUCCACAGGAUAUGAAGGAGAAAUAUGCUUCUCGUAUUUCUGGCACUGCAGGUGCCAGCACAUCGUCUGGUGAGGGUGAGAAAUCAGAUUUCCUGUUUGACCAAGUUGAUCAGUCCGUUUUGGGUGCAUGGCUUGAGAGAUUACAGCUUGAUCAAAUGAUGGCUAAGUGAAUCGGAAUACUUUCUUCUAAGCUUUUAGCUCUGGUUAACCUGGGAUUUUUGGUAAAGUACACCAGCUUUAAGUUUGUUGUAGUAACCUCUUAGAAAGGAAGGUAAUAUGGUGAAGAAAGAAUGAGCUUCAGAAAUAUCUGAAGAAACACUAAUUUUUGCUAUUUUUGAUUCAUUCUUUAAACAAGAAAUCUCAAAGAAUGAGUAAUCACCGGCUCGUUUGAAGAACAGGCUCGGUUUUAGGUAACUAUUUUCUGAAUAACUAAUACAUACUAUAUUUUCCCUGCUCUCCCACAUUUG